AUGGUCAACUUUACUGUCAGCAAUUUUAUUCGACGUUCACAAAAAUUAUCAAUAUUGAAUCAAUUCAAAUAUGAUCAAUCGGAUGAUACUCUAUCUUUUACCACACAUCAAAAACAUGAACAUGAUAAUUCAUUAGUAUUGUCAGAUCAAUUAGAUGAAUUUGAUAAAUUAAAUGUCGAACAGAUAAUAUUGAAUGCAUACGAUCAAGCAAUACAUAUAGUCGAAGAUUCAAAUAUGUUAGAUGUAUUACGCCAGCAUGAUAUACUUGACUUAAAAGACUUAAGUGGAUUUGUUUUCGGCAAUUUACGUAAAAGUUCGAAAAUGUUUAGUUAUUCUUCAGGAACACCAACUGAUAACAACGAAGAAUUUGAAUUGGACGAAGAAAAUGAUGAUAAUGAUGUGAAAAACAAUGAACAAGAUAAGCUCAACGAUGAAGUCCUAGUAGAUUUUGAAAAUGAUGAUGAGAAUGGCAAUGAAGAAAUAUUAAAUUCAACAAAAUCCCACUUUAAUGGAAUAAAAAUAGUUGAUGAUAUUAAUCCCAUGUUGAAACAAUCGUAUUUCAAGAUAAAAAUAAACGAGAAAAUUAAGUAUCUUCACAAACAAUCGGCUUGUUGGCUGUUAUCCAAUAAAAUAACAAAGUUAUCAAGUGAUCGUUUAUCUCAUGUCAUGCAGCAAACAACUAAUAGAGAUUGA